AUGACCUCCACCGCCCUCCCCAAGCGCACCGCGCUGAACCGGAAUAUCCCUACGGACUCCUCCACAGAGAGCUCUGCAUGCGUUUCCCCAAGCGACAGCUUGCGUCCGUCUCCUUCCUCCACCUCCCUGUCGUCUCUGGCCUCGGAUGCGCAGGAAGAACCCCUAAAAUUAGUAGACACCUACGGAAACCCCUUUGAGAUCCCAGACUUCACCAUCAAGCAGAUCCGAGACGCCAUCCCGGCCCAUUGCUUCAAGAGAAGUGCGCUGCGCAGUCUUUCAUACGUAGCGAGAGAUAUUUCAGCUUUGGCAGGGACCUUCUACCUUUUCCACAACUAUGUCACUCCGGAAUACAUCCCAUCCACCCCGAUCCGUGCGGGACUGUGGGGUCUCUAUACCUUCGUCCAGGGUCUCUUUGGCACCGGCCUAUGGGUCAUGGCCCAUGAGUGCGGACAUCAGGCAUUCUCUCCAUUCAGACUCCUGAACGACACAGUCGGCUGGAUCUGCCACUCGGCGCUGCUGGUACCGUACUUCUCCUGGAAGAUCUCACACAGCAAACACCACAAAGCCACCGGCAACAUGGACCGGGACAUGGUUUUCGUCCCCAAGACACGAGAGGUAUUCGCCUCGCGCUACGGCUAUCUCGCGCACGAGCUGCAUGAGUUGAUGGAGGAAACCCCCAUCCAGACCGCUACGCACAUGAUCCUGCAGCAGCUGUUCGGAUGGCCCUUGUAUUUGCUCUCAAACGUCACGGGCCACAACAACCAUGAGCACCAGCCUGAGGGCCGUGGUAAGGGAAAGAAGAAUGGCUUCUUUUCUGGUGUCAACCACUUCAACCCGUCCAGCCCGCUGUAUGAGGCCAAGCACGUACCGCUCAUCCUCCUCAGCGACCUGGGCUUGAUGAUCACAGGCUCCGCGCUGUACUGGGUUGGCCAGAACUUCGGCUGGGCGAACCUUGCCGUGUGGUACUUCGUGCCAUACCUGUGGGUCAACCAUUGGCUAGCCACCAUCGACCGCGAAUUUGGUUUCAUCGGCCGCUACCUCUUCCACGGCAUCAUCGAGACCCACGUUCUGCACCACUACGUCAGCACGAUCCCGUUCUACAACGCCGACGAGGCCAGCGAGGCCAUCAAGCCCGUCAUGGGCAAGCAUUACCGCUCAGACACCAAGGAUGGGAGCUGGGGGUUCAUCAAGUCGCUGUGGAAGAGUGCCCGGACGUGCCACUGGGUGGAGCCGUGUGAGGGUGCGAAGGGCGAGGGACAGCAUGUUUAUUUCUUCCGGAAUCGGAAUAAUAUCGGUGUUAGGCCUUCUGCCGUGGCGACGAAGUCGUCGUAG